CGACAUGCUAUUGCACAGGUGACGCUGUUGUUGUUAUUGUUUUUGGUGGGCUGGGCAAACAAGUGUUAUAAACUAUUUGUGCUGCAAUAUUUUCGACAAUUACCGCUCGUUUGCUCACCCCAAAUAAUCCAAUUCGGGGCAACAAAAGCCGCAGAGGCGCAAAGAAUCGGUUUACACAACCAAACCAAUUAGUUGGGUAAACAAUCCAAUCGCUUUGAACAGCUGUCGGUGGCUAAGCAUUAAAUUAAAGUUAUCUACGCGCUUUGCAAAAAAAUGAGCCAAACGGAGGCGACCAGAUCAUCCCCAGCGGCGGACUCGGAGACGGACGGCGCGAAGGCCGGUGGUAGCAAGCAGCAUCUGGAGACGUACCGUGUGUAUGUGGUCACCUGGAAUGUGGGCAGUCGCUUUCCGGAGAACAUCUCCCUCCGGCAGCUGCUCGGCCUGCAGGAUGUGGCAUCCAAGGAGGCGCAGGACCACCUGCCCGACAUCUAUGCCCUCGGCCUACAGGAAGUCAACGCCCAGCCGCAGCAACAGGUGCUCGGCUUGUUCAAAGAGGAUCCGUGGACCCACAAGGCCAAGGAGCUGCUGCGCGGCUACGAUUACGUGGCUGUAAAGACGGAACAGAUGCAGGGCCUGCUGCUCAGCAUGUUCGUACGGCGCCAGCACGUGGAGCACCUGCAGGACAUCGAGGCGGAGUUCACACGCACCGGUUUCGGUGGGAUCUGGGGCAACAAGGGCGCAGUCAGCGUUCGAUUCACCCUCUACGGCUGUGGUUUGGCCUUCGUGGUGGCCCACCUGGCUGCCCAUGACCACCAGCUGGACGAGCGCAUCGAGGACUACAAGCAGAUCCUGGAGAACCAUCACUACCAUGUCAAGCGGUACAGGGAGAUCUACGAUCACGACUAUGUCUUCUGGUUCGGCGAUCUCAACUUUCGGCUGCACGGCGAGGACUCUUCGACGGAAGUGCGCGAGCUGCUGCGCGAUGAGUCGCAGCACGAGGCUCUGAUUCAGCGGGAUCAAUUGUACUACGUGCGCGAGAAGUCGCAGAAGGCCUUCCAGGUCUUGCACGAACGCCUGCCCGCCUUUCCGCCCACCUUCAAGUUUCGCGAGGGCACAUCCGAGUACGACCUGAAGCGACGGCCGGCGUGGACGGACCGCAUCAUGUACGCCGUACAGCCGCUGAACAGGCAGCCCGAGAUGCAGCUUUCCAUCGAGCAGUGCUCGUAUAAAUCCCAUCCAGUGUACACGAUCAGCGAUCACAAGCCGGUGACCAGUGACUUCACCCUGAAGCUCUACCCGAACGUCCGUGCGCCGGGGGUGGUCUUCUCGCCCCUGACGCUCUGGAAGAUCGGCGACGAGAACACCGUGGAGUAUCGCAAGCAGGCGGAGUUCGACGAGGGACCCAACGACUGGAUUGGCAUUUAUCCGGCGGAGUACGCCAGCUUGGCCGAUUACGCGGCCUACGAGUAUGUGAACCAGGCCGAGUCGCCCACCUCAUCCGAUUCGAAUCACGAACAGGAUCCGUUCGAUACGCCCGCCCACCACCGAAGGGGUCGGCAUCACCAUCGCAAUCGGCAGCGCUUGCGCCGCCAGCAGGAGGCCAAUUCGCAGGAGCAGGUGCGCCUGGACUUCGCCGACGAUGUGGAGCUGCGGCACGGCGAGCAGUACCUACUGAUCUACUUCCGCAGCACCGGCGUGAGGGGCGUGACCAGCUUGGCGGGCGUCAGUAGCGUUUUCGUGGCCGAGAAGCGACACGGCUCGCCCCAUCGAACGGAGUACCAUGUUGACUAGCUGGCCGGGGCCAGCCUGGACAUCUUUAUUCUUUAGUCUCCGCUGUGUGCAAUUGUAAUUUACUGACCCUAAGUGACCAUGUUAAGUUUGCUUGUUGGCUGUUGACUCAGCGCUGUCCACUACCCCCAAAAGCGUUUAUGUUUGUCAAAUUAUACAAUUAUCCAAUUAA